AUGUUUCAUUGUUCAUCUAAUUUCAAUCGAUUAAUAGUAAAAUCCAAUCAAAUCAUACAACCAAUACGUAAUGUUCGUAUACCAUUUUGGGAAUUUUUAAAAACAUCAUUUCAAGCACGUUCAAAUCCUGAAGCUAGUUAUCAUCGAAAACGUAUUGGUGGUUUUCAAUCGGUUAAAGCAGAACUUUUUCCUAAUAAAACAUAUUAUUGGUGUUCAUGUGGUUAUGCACAACAUCAAGCAUUUUGCGAUAAAUCAUGUAAACAAUUGCGAGGUGACUUUGGUCCAUUGAAAUUUACUUCAUCAAAAUUUCAAAUGGCUGAAUUAUGUAUGUGUAAAUUAACUGGAAAAGCUCCAUAUUGUGAUCAAUCAUGUCGUACACGUUUUGCUGGUAUGCAAUUACGUAUGGGUAAUGCUGUUGAAGGAACAUAUUCAAAUGUACAAGAAUUUCUUAAUACAAUACCAAAAGGUGUUAAUAGUUAUCGACAAUUUGCUGCGGAUCGACAAGCUAAACUUGAACAUACAGAACGUUUAAAAAAAAAAGUUGAUGAUGAAAAAAAUAAAAAAUAUUCAGAAAAAAAAUAG